UCCAUUACUCUUUAAGAAAUUAAAAAAUAUAUAAGUUUUAUCAAUAUGAACACAAAGGGGUCUGUUUUUAUAUUAGUUUUGGUACUUACCGCAGCGCAGGCUAUACCACUAGUUUUAAAAGAGUCAUCGCCGUCUGGUGAAGCUAUUGUUGCCAUAUCAUCGUCUGAUCCCGAUGUCAACAAGUAUAUUAAUAUAGCGUAUCCAAACCAUGUAAUGCAUGAAUCUCAGAGUCAAGAGAACCCAGUUAUUGGUAGGAGUUUCUCCAUCGUCACACCAGGGGGAGCCGCUGCUGGUACAGGCAGAGGUUUCGUUUCUACGUCAGCUUUAAACCCAUAUUUAAUGCCUCUUUUCUUAGGCCCUAUCAAUUUUGAAGGUAUUGGACUUAGUAAUUUUGGAGCAUUAAAUGAUUGGGUUAAAGGAAUCGAUGGUAUUUAUGAUUCUGGCUUUGGUGGCAAUGGGGAAAUUCGAACAGCUUCGGCCAUCAACGACAACGGUCACGUAUAUGGUAAUGUUAAAACAAUUACAUUUGAUAACAGAGCCAAAAAUAAGAAUUAGAUUUUAUUAAAUAGAAUUAUGUGCUAGAUUUUUUGUUCGAUGAAAUGUUUUAAUUUGAAAGGAUUUGUGAAUAGUUG